UUAUUUUCAUUCUUUAUGACAUGGUGAUGGACACAAUCUUUUGUUGUAUUGGAAUCAAAAUUCUAACUUAACUGAUCCUGUCAUACACCAUUAUUAAACAGUAAUGUGAUUCCUCUUUUAUUUUUCUGUAUUCCUAUCUUGCAGCCAAAAUACCUUUCCCAUUAACUCAGAGGUUCAGAUCAAUGUUGCAGAAUGGAAUUGACCUUAGCGCAGUUGAUGUGAGCUAUGUCAGUAGCCGCUCAUGGUAUUUCCUCAAUUUGUUUGGUUUGAGGGGUUUAUUUAGUCUGAUUUUGGGAGAGGAAAAUGCAACAGAUGAUACACAGCGAAUGAUGCAGAUGAGUGGGUUUGGCUUUGAUCCAUCAAAGAGCUUGAGUACUGAGAAAGAUGGUCUUGAAUUGUCCAACAUGAAUGGGCACUCCCUAAAUUCGAGCAUCGGGCUGAAGCAGUGUUGAAAAAACUUGUCAGCUGAACAUAGGAGCGUGAUAAACAACUGUCCAAAGUGGGUGGUUCGAUCGAAGUUUUCAUCUUACGAGCUCACUGAACUGUAAAAGAUGAAACAUCUUA